AUGAACGACACGGGGAACUUUGUCAUGUUUGGGCCCAAGGCCAACUGUACCCUGGAACUUUGCCCAAUUGAAGCGAGCGUAUAUGGCUACCGUCCUUCUCUCGCCGCCAACAUUUCCUUCGCGGCCCUCUUCACUAUCGCCACCUUUGUGCAUGCCUACAUAGGCUGGCGAUGGAAGACGCCUUGGUUUAUGUGGUGUAUGAUUCUGAGUUGUACCCAUGAGGUAACCGGUUACGUUGCGCGAAUUCUCUUGUGGGUAAAUCCAUGGAGCUUUGGUGCUUUCAUCACCCAAAUCAUUGCUAUUACACAAGCUCCCGUAUUCUACUGUGCGGCAAUCUACGUCACUCUGGGCCAAAGUAUCGAACACUAUGGUCCAAGCCUCGCUAGAUUCCCAACUAAAUACUUUGCUUGGGUAUAUGUACCUAUGGACAUUGUUUCGCUCAUCUUGCAAGGGACUGGCGGAGGCCUGUCAGCUUCUUCCUCAGGUGCCAGCCAAGUUGGCGUCGACGUCGCUAUGGCAGGACUCAUCCUACAAGUCAUCAUGCUUGUUUCAUUCAGUAUCCUGUUUGCAGACUAUAUGUUCCGGUAUCUGAGAUCUACAAAGUCCAAAACCCUCGGUUCUAGGGACAAACUCUUCUUUGGGUUCCUUGCCAUUGCGGUACUGGCUACUCUGGCUCGUUGUAUCUUCCGUGCGGAUGAGCUCAAGGAAGGGUACUCGGGAGAGUUGAUCAAACAUGAGGACUUGUUUAUUGCGUUGGAAGGAGUAUUAAUUGUUGUUGCGGUGUUCUGUCUGUUUGUUGCCCAUCCCGGAUUGGUUUUUAACCGCACACCAAAGGUAUACUACUCGGUUGCUCAGGGGGCAGAUACAUCAUACGAUUCUGGCUAUCCGCCAAAGAUAGCUGAGCCUAUGAGUGAAGCAUUGCAUUAG